GCCGCAGCAUCAGCACCAGUGGCAGGAUGUGCGCUUUCUCUCUGAUUAUUUUGCUGCUCGCAGCGCCUGUCCGGGGCAUCCUCCCUGACAUCGUGGACUCGGGCCUCAAUCACAUCCUGGGAGAUGUUUUCUCUCGAGGACAGACGGAUCUCGACAGCCACAUGAAAGAGAAUCAGCUGCAGCAGAGCCCCGAGUCUCACCAGUUAAAUGACAGUGUCACCCCACCUCCUCCCAGCAUUCCCUCAAGUCCUCCAAAUGACUCAACUUCUAAUAACCUUAUCAAGCCAGUCCAGUAUUCAGCUCACCUGGAUACAAACAUAACCUCAAGUGACCACCAACCCAGUGACUUGGAUAACAAUAUUUACCAUGGCUGCAUUACUGAUGAUGAUUGUGGAAAGGGAGAAUAUUGCUUCUCUCAAGCACAGCGCUCUAAAUGCAUGUCCUGCAAAGCUCUUGAUGUGCCAUGCACCAGGGAUGUGGAGUGCUGUGAUGACCACACAUGUGUGUGGGGUCAGUGCACUGAAAGUGCCUCUAAAGGAGACGCUGGCAGCACAUGUCAAACACAGAGUGACUGCAAUCCUGAUCUCUGCUGUGCUUUCCAUAAAGCACUGCUUUUCCCAAUCUGCUUGUCAAAGCCCAUAGAGCGCGAGCAGUGCUUUAGUGCCUCUAACCACCUCAUGGAGCUGCUGUCCCGCGACCCUCAGGAUGAAGGCCCGAGAAAACACUGCCCGUGUGUUGGGGAUCUCCACUGUCAGCAUUUAGGACGAGGGUCCAUGUGCCUAAAAGGAGAGGACUCAAGUGAAGAAGACAUGACGGACAAUCUCUACUCAGAAAUAGACUAUAUUAUCUAAACAGCAUUUGUAAAUAUGAGCAAAUGGGUAGAUCCCCAUCUCACUACAAGGGAAUGCUUGAAAGCACUUUACUUUGGAUCUCUUCAGCAUAUUCAUCAACCAGGUCAACUAAAAAAAAAAGGGGGGUAUUUAUUGUACACUUCCUGAGAUUAUGCACUUCAAUUACAUUGUUAUAUCGAUCACCUACCUUGGAUUUUCCAGUUCAGUACCUUAACAUAUGCAAAUCUAAUUUACAAUGUGGUGCCAAUGCCAUAUAAAGCUGCUACUGUUAUCCUUUGUAUGCUUAUUUAUUGCUAUAGCUGACCAGAAUAUGGUGUAAGAAAAAAAAAUCAAUGUUUAAUAUUUUAAGCUGUCAAUUUAUAUAUAACUGUAUCUUCAUUCAAAUUUCUGCAGUUUGACCAAUCAGUCUUGCACAUUUCAGUAUGAACUAAUAUACAUAGCUUAUAACAUUGGCAUACUGUUUUCAUUGUAAGUAAGAACCCAUCUGAUAUUUUCACGCUACAUUUUCUGCCUUUCUUGAAAAAUAUAGAAACCAUUACAACUGACAGAAAACCUUGUAUG